UCCUCGAAAGUGGAUGGGUUGGGAGGUCGGGUAGCUUCUGAAUCAAUUGAUUUACUUUGAAAAUGACAGAAGAAAGGGCUGUGACAGUUUUCAGAGAUUACCUGCGAAUAAAGACAGUGCAUCCAACACCGGCUUAUGAUGAAGUAGUUGAGUUUCUAAAGAAUUUAGCAAAAGAUGUUGGUAUUCAAUGCAGAGUACUUGAGGUACAUCCAGGUAGAGAAGUUGUUAUAAUGACAAUCCCAGGAUUGGACCCAUCUCUGCCAUCCAUUAUGCUUAACUCCCACACUGAUGUGGUACCAGUGUUUGAGAAUGAAUGGAAGUGCAAUCCUUUUGAGGCUAAGAAGAUGGAGAAUGGAGAUAUUUAUGCUAGAGGAACUCAGGACAUGAAAAGUGUUGGCAUACAAUAUGUAGAAGCCAUAAGAAAACUAAAGAAGGAGAAUAAGCUGAAUUUCCUCAGGACAAUUCAUAUAACUUGGACACCAGAUGAGGAAAUUGGAGGGAAACUGGGUAUGGGAAAAUUUGUUAAACACGAAGAAUUUAAGAAACUGAAUGUUGGUUUUGGUCUAGAUGAAGGACUAGCCAAUCCUACUGAUGCUUUCACUGUCUUCUACGGAGAAAGAACCCCCUGGUGGGUUCGUGUCAAAUGUCCAGGGAGGCCGGGUCAUGGGUCAAGAUUCAUAGAGGACAAUGCUGCAGAAAAAGUGAGAAGAGUAAUAAAUAGUUUCCUGUCAUAUAGAGAUCAACAGGAGAAAAAAUUAAAAACACAUGGUUGUUUAAAACUAGGAGAUGUCACUACAGUGAACCUUACUAACCUGAAGGGAGGAUUUGAAGGGUCUCUUAAUGUUGUUCCAACAGAAAUGUUUUUAGGUUUUGACAUCAGAAUUCCGCCCACAGAGAAGUUGGAGGACUUUGAAGCCAUGAUGAAGAACUGGCUGAAGGAAGCAGGGGAGGAUGUGUCUUAUGAGUUUGUACAGUACAACCCCAUGCAGGGCGUGACAGCUACAGACAAGAACUGUCCUUGGUGGAGCACCUUCAGCUCUGUGUUUGACAAACUAAAAAUAAAGAUAGAGACUGAGAUAUUCCCAGCUGCUACAGAUAUCAGAUAUAUCAGAGAGCUUGGAAUUCCAGCUCUAGGUUUUUCUCCAAUGAAUAACACCCCAAUAUUGCUGCAUGACCACAAUGAGUUUGUAAACGAGAAAGUUUUCUUACGUGGAAUAGACAUCUAUUGUGAGCUAAUUCCAGCCUUGGCCAAUAUACCAAAGUAGUCAUGAUGUCAUAAUAAUUUGAUAGAGGCAGCUGAAAAAUGGUGUGAAAAUCAUAUGAUUAUGAACAUUACCAGAGAAAAUGAUUUCUCUACACAAUUGAAUGUGAUAUUAUAUUCUUGACAAAUAUAUUAAUUAAAUGUUUUUGCUCUCUUAUAUCAUGAUCAUGUUGAUGUAUCAAAAUAUUUAUUCAGUGAAUUUUCUGUGAUCAAUUUUUACUAAAAAAAACACUGAUUUUUUUU